ACGAGUGCACCUGAGCGGCUCGGCACCCCGCGAGCUCAUGCACGAAUAUAUUUGGCCUGAAUUUGUGUGGUAUGUAUUCAGAAGAGGUCUCGGCGACUGUUGGAGUGAUGUGCAACAGGCGAUGUAAACUCGCUGCUGACUCGUCGGCUUGAAGUGAACACAACCCCGCUGAGAUGUCACUGCUCUGUGUCAGAGUAAAGAAAGCCAAACUCCAUGGACCUCCUGACAAAUUCAAUGCCUACGUGACUUUGAAAGUGCAGAAUGUCAAGAGCACAACUGUCACCGUCCGAGGGGACCAGCCAUGUUGGGAGCAAGACUUCAUGUUUGAGGUCAACCAUCAGGAGUCUGGUCUGGUGGUGGAGCUGUGGAAUAAAGGCUUAAUAUGGGACACCAUGAUUGGGACAGCUCUGUUACGCCUGGACAGCAUACGGCAGUCUGAGCAGGAAGGGCCGGGAGAGUGGACCAGUCUGGAUUCAGAGGUGUUGAUGCGAGAAGAUGAAAUCUGCGGCACCACCAACCCGACUCCUCAUCGAAUCCUGAUGGACGCUCGCUUCGAGCUGCCGUUCGACAUCCCGGACGAUGAGGCGCAGUACUGGACCAGUAAGCUGGAGCGAAUCAACACCAUGAGGAUACAUGAUGAUUAUCCUCUCCAGGAAGAAGGCCAAAGAGGAGACAUGACAUCAGCUCCCUCCCAGUGUUACUACGACGAGCGGGACUGUGCAGUGGAUGACCGGGAUAGUGACUAUCGCAGUGAGACUGGAAGAAGACCACCUCGCUACCACAACUCCUCACACACCAAUUCCUCUGCGCACCAGUACCCAAUAGGACACAGAGUCCAACAUCAGAGCCUCUCCAGGGAGUCAGAAUCAGUGCAUAGCUAUGAGCUAGACUACAGGGAAAUACGAGGACCAAGGCGAGCGAGCAGUAAGAGUGGUGUGCGAAUAAUCCCAGUUGAUUCAGGUAUGGGCGUGGACGACUGGGAGAGCAAAUAUAAAGUGCCUGACUCUGGAAUCUUGGAUGAUUACUUGGAUGAAGAACAGAAAAUGUGGGAGGACGAAGACAGAAGCAUCAUUUAUCGAAUUACCGACAACACCUGCGUGUCCAAAAGCAGUCGCUUCUAUCAGACGGUGGAGUGUGAUGCGUUAUCCCCCGAGGAUUCACAAAGUGAACUGCCACUUGGACACAGCUUUGGUAGUGGAGACGUUCGGCUUGUUUACAAAGAAGGUGGCAGCUUUGAGGAUGAAACAUCUGUUCCUGAAAUUGACAUCAUUCCAUCAGUCAGAGAGAAACAACAACAUGUGGAUAGAACAGGGCUCCUGUACAAAACCAGACUGUGGGCUAAGACUGCAUUAAAAGGCACCCUUCAAAAUUACGCCGCUUUUCGUGAGAAGGAAGCUGCUCGGGAGGAGAUCGCAAGGGUCAGGAUGAUGAGUGAAUAUGGGUCCGUCGGUUCAGAUGAGUUUCAGUACUCUUUUGGAUCGGAAGAGGAGUUGGACGACCUGACAUUCACAGAGGGGGAUGUUCAUUUUGAGUAUGAGAGCUAUUACUACUCUGGCAAUUACAUGUCAACCGGUGGACAGGGCUACUUGGCAAGGAGUUCCGGUUAUGGCCAAGAGCCCAUCUUGUCUUCCGUUAAAGAACCUAAGGAAGAAUAUGUUGAUGCAAUGGAUGAACUUCAGUGUUUAAUAGAUUCAGUGUCUGAAUAUUUAGCGGUUAAAGAAGAAGAGAUAAACAGCUAUGAAACAGAGGAGAAGCCUAUUAGAAGAAAACUUCCCACGCUACCAUCUGAAGGAAAAGCAAUUUCACCUGAGAGCACUAACACAGAGGAAGUCAAGCCAGAAGUAAAGGUGGAUAGUACUGUUGAGCAUGGUAUAGCGGAGGUGAAAAAUGCCUUUGGUUCAUUAUUCAGCUCGCUGACAGGUUCAAAGUCGAACACAACCGCUGAGGCGUCGAGCAAAACUCCGUCCCCCCAACCACCUCAGGCAGAUUCUGGUAUUUCCAAACUGCUAUCCAUCAUACCUAAAGCUGGCACUGAAGCUAAAGAUUCUUCUGAUAGCAGUGUAGUAGACCAGCCUCCCUCACAAGCAUCAACACAGCCAGAGUCAGGCCUCUCCAAGCUGCUUUCAUUCAUUCCUAAAAGUGGAGGUGCUUCGCCUCCUGUUGCGAUAGUGCCCCCUGCCUCUCAGGAGUCGGCAACAGAAAAGAAAUUUUCCCUUCAAUCUCUGAAUCCAUUUCACGUAGCUGAACCAAAUCGAGCUAAUGACACUAACCAGGGACCAAGUGUUCCGGAGCCACAGAGUAGCACAGCCACUAGUAAUCAGUCUGCAUCGGGUUUGGACUCUAUGUUUGGACGGCUUAGUCCUUUGAGAUUGUUUUCUAGUGGACCACCAUCCAGAGAACAGUCACCCCAACCGUCUGACAGCAGAGUUUCAUCGGCGGCAAGUAAUGAGUCUCAGCAAGGGCAGCUAAACAGAGGGGCAAGUCCUCGUGCUGAGGGCUCACAACCAAGCCGUCAGUCAUCGGAUGAAAUAAGACCAGGCUCUGGAAGUGGAUCAGUGGACCUGUUGCCUGACACUGGGAGUGGAUCACUCGAUCUCUUACAGGAAAGUGGAAGUGGCUCUGUAGAGCUUCUUCCAGAGACUGAAUCGUCCGGUGAGUUACCAGAUAUUCAACAAAGACGAGCUGCGUCAGCUGAGCCAAAAAUUGAAACAAAUUCAGAAGAAACAGGUUUCUUCAGUCCUUUUAAGAAAUCACUCUCCACUUUAAUUUCAUCGACUCCUCCUGAAAAUGCGGUGCCGUCAAACGCUAAGCCUGCUGACGAGUCAUUUUUAGGCGGUAAACUAAAGCUCCCAUUUUUGUCCUCUGAAAAUACGGCCACAGCAACACCAUCCAAACCAGAAGGAGGUGUGCUUUCAGGGAUUCUUAAAUUUGCAACUGGAGAUGAUGCCAGCACCACCACAAAGAGUCCAUCACCAAGUCCUGUCAGAACACCAUCACCAAGUCGUGCUGCGCUGUUAGAGAGUGUCCCUAAAGGGAAUACUGAAACUGGGUGGUUUUCAAAUUUAUUUAAGGUUGCACCUAGCGAACCUCCUAAGGAAUCUCCAAAAUUGCAAAUGACCCCCACAGUGACUGUGACGAACACCACAGGAGAAACUGUGCAACCCUCAGAACAAGUGGACCCCAAUAACCAAAAGAGCAGAACCAAUACAGAGCAAUUGUAUCAAGAGCAGCUGCCUCAAAAAGAUCUGUGCCUUCCCAGUCCUUCUCAGGUCCCAACACAACCUCAGCGCUCAGAGCUAGGUGGAAAUACUCAUCAACCACAGCAGGGUGGGCUUCUUGCAGGACUGUUUUCAUCAAAUGCACCAGAAACUCAACCAAACUCUACCACCCAGCAACAAGGAGGACUGCUUUCUGGUUUUCUAAAAUUUGCCUCAGCACCUAGCAAUGAAUCCACAAAUACAGAAGCCCAGAUGGGCCAUGUUUCAAACCAAGCUAAGACCUUCCCCCCACAGCCGCCUGAAGAGGGUCUCUUGUCUGGGUUUUUGAAAAAAGCUGCAGGAACGGUGACAGGGUCUCAGACAAAUCUUUCAGGCCAAGAUUCUAUAUCAGAGGCCCAUACUAAGAGGAUGGAACCUGAAAAGCGAUUAAGUUUAGAGACGGCCCCUCACCACCCGGAACAAGACCUACAAACUCCUCAGUCAGAUGCCUCAAUUCAACAGCAACACUUGGAAAAAGUAGCGCAAAAGACAUCCCCAAAUGUUACAACAUCACAACCAAGUGGACUGUUCGGUGGUUUACUGAAACUCUCUGAACCAUCCUCUCAACCUUUGGCUUCACAAGGUGCCCAGCAAAGUCAGCAGUCAGGUAACCUGCUCUCUGGCAUUUUUAAUAAAAUAAUAGAACCUACUCCUACCGUUUCUCAAGUGGAUGCAAAUAAACCCCAGCAACCUGCCACAAACCAGGGAGGUGUUCUCUCUGGACUGUUUGGACUUGGAAAUCAAGAGUCACAGUCUACAAAUUUACCACCAAGGUCUCCAAACCAGCAACCCGAUGUGAAAUCUGGGCAGGAAACCAAACAACCAGGCAAUAGACAAAACCAGCCAAGACAAAAUCAAGUUCCCUCACAACCAGCUGGUAGCACUGGGGGGAUGUUCUCAGGACUACUUAGUAAAAUCACAGAUGCUGGCUCUCCACAGCCCUCUGAGGGUGGUAAGCAAGACAAGCCCCCGGCACAUAGCCAGCAACAAGUGAAUCAACAAGGAGGCUUCCUCACUGGUCUCUUUUCUUCAGGUCCCAAUGCAUCCGUACAGCAACAGCCUAACCAAGCAAACAAGCAGCAAGCCCAGCAGGGUAAUAGACAACCUCUACGCAGACAAAACCAGGUACCUCAGCAGGCUGCCACACCUGCAACAGAGUCCCAACCAGGGGGGUUGUUGUCUGGUCUCUUCAGUAAAAUUGCAUCCAAUGAAACACAACAGCCAUCUUCACAAACAAGCUUGCAGCAUGGCAACAAACCCCACGCUGCUACACCUGGCCAAGCAGCACAGCAGUCCUCUCAAUCUAAUCAGGGAGGUUUCUUUUCCGGCCUGUUUGGUCAACCGUCAACCCAGCAGCAGCAGCAGCAGCAGCAACAGUCUGCUCAACCUACAGUUCCUCAGCAAGCUGUGAAAGACCAACCCAGUCAAGGUGGGGGGAUACUCACCGGUAUCCGAAAGCUCGCAACUGGUGAAAAUGUGCCUCAAGAAAGACUGUUUCAACCCACUUCAAAAGAUGGCAUACCAAGGGAAAAUCCAGAAAAGACUGAAUCAGGAGGGUUAUUUUCUGGUCUUAUGAGCAAACUUUCAGCUAAUUUGGAACAAGCACCAUCAGCUGAUCAAGUGGAUCAGCAGACAAAGCAGCAGCAGCAGCAGGUCCAUGCAGAACAAGUGAAACCGCAGCUCCAAAGAAAGAAAGUUGAGGUUUCUCCUUCGCCAAGUGUGUCCACAGACACCAAAAGUCAGGCACAAAAAGGCUUUCUUUCUGGCUUAUUUGGUAGUGUCACAGAUGAUUCAUCGCAGAAGAUGCCGUCUUUAUCAAAUGCCCAGGCUGGAAAUGAGGAACAUAAACCUCACAUAAACAAAAGUUCUCCUGGCUUGUUAUCCAGCAUUUUUAAAGCUAGUUCAGGUGAGAGCUCUGUUUCUGGAAAGGAAAGUGAAAAAGCUUUCCCUCCAAAACAAAAGGAAAAUAACGCUUCAGUUACAGCUGGACUCACACCGUCUGUUGCUGGAGAACCCCAAAAAGAAUCCCUGCGUCAUCAAGAACCUACCAUUUCCCCAACUCAUCGCUAUCUUGAGGAAAUCCAACGUCUCCUCUAUGGCACUGCAGAGGAAUAUGGCUACAAGGAUCUUUUAUACAAUUUCACUGAACAUGGUGUUAUUCCACCUGACCUCUAUGAGCAUCAAUGUCUCAUAGAGGCACUUUUGUGGCAGCAACUUAAUGAUUAUGCUCUUGCAGAGGCCCUUGCAGCUGAAGUUCAAGGGCGUUAUGAGACAAGCCAAGUGCAAAGGACACCCGCUGUUCGAGCACCUCAAUGGGAGAGUCAUCUUAACCCGAAAGAAGUUGACAUUAGUGGCUUUAAUGUGCCCUCACAUCCCUGGAAGGAGACUGCAAACCAACUUUUCGAAACCCGAAAUCGCUUUUUUGAACCAGAGGAAGAUCUUGUUCUGUUUGAUAUGAGAUGCAGAGAGAAGAAAUCAUGGAGUAGCUGUGACAACUUGAGCAACCUUGAUAUGAGUAAAAAACCUUGGAUUGUGGCUGGAAGUGGUCUGAAUUUGUCCAUGGAUAAAAACCGGACAAGACUUAACAGAUGCCAGUCUCUUACAGAAUGUGGUGUACAGGAGGUCAGUAAAUUACUGGCUGGAAAAGUGGUUCCCGAAACAGUGGCCAGUGAGGACUUUGAUUUAAAAUCUGCAACCGCCUUUUUGAAACGUCUUGCAAAAAGAAAAGGCCCCAUGGAUUUAACACAAGGUGCUCUUGAUCUGAGUAGCACAGCAAGAUCCUUCGGAUUUGCUGACGAUGAAUUGUUUAAUGAGGAUUCGGAGUGGUAUCAACAAUGGCUUUCUUUACUGGACCAAGGGCUGUGGUGGCCAGCUGAAGCCGGUGACUGUGGGUAUUAUGUGUAUACCAAUGAGGAGUUCAUAUAUUCCCUGCUGACCGAUAAAGCUGGUCGACAUCUAUAUGCUUGCGCGACACCAGAUAAUCUCAAGGCUCUUGAAAAUGUCACUGAAAAUAUUGCUGAUAUUCUGAAGCAUAAAGAUAAAGAAAAGGUGACCCUUUGUGGUUUUAAAAUACCCCUGUGCAAUGAAGAUGGUGGGUUUUUGCAUCCAGUGCAGCAAGAGACUAAAUCCAUUUUAAAUGACGCACCGAUGGACUUAACGUUUGCCCUGAGGAAGGGAGAAAAAAUAAUGAACAUGAAUCUAGAGAGCUUCUCUCAGAUGUUUCAGGAAUCACUAUCCUUCCAAGCGGAGAGUCCAGUGGACUUUACUGUCUACAAGUUGAAAAAGAUUCCAGUUGACUCAGUGCAAAGCAGCAGUUGUUAUAAAGAAAAACCAAUGGAGGCAGCAGAUUUAACUUUAAGUUCAAUAAAACCGGGGCACGGUGGACCAUACUGGAAAAAUCAGGCAGUUAGAGAUGUGAACACUACCUCAUUUGCAACGUCUUCCGGGAGUAAUUUGAAACAAAACUUGCCGAAAAAGCAGUACCCAAUCCCUCAAAUUAAGAUAGCUCAUGUUGAUGAUUUGCCUGCAGAACCAAUCAGACAGAAAUCCGCACCCACGUCUUCUGUUACAAGAGAAACUACAUCCUCAAACAACACUGAAAGAAAAACGGUCACACCUUCGUCCAAGGCAAUGUCUUCGUCGUCAAACACAGUCGCUAAUAGUUCUUCGACAACUAAUAGGACAUUGUCCAAAAAACCUAUCGAUAAUACUCCUGUGUCAAAAAUACCAGCACCUGUCCAAUCUGGUAGAAGACUGCCUUCUGCUGGAGCUGUUCCCAUAAUGCCUUCUUCCGCUCCAUCCAGUGGCAUGUCUUCCAGUACAUCAGUUACCACAGCAACUGCCACACAAAGGCCUCGACUUGCAAGACAGCCAUCCCAGGCAGACAAACCAAGAAACUUGCCACAAGCAAAUACAGCCACAGCCACAGCUGGGUGUGCAAGCGACAAAGCUGUUGCAGAACAAUCAGCUAUGAAUCAAAAGCCUGAAGAAGCAUCACAGAAAAUCCAACCAAAGCUACAUAUUCUGAAUGAUGAAUCAAAGAUAUCUAGUGAUGCCCAUCUUUACAAAAGAAAUAUUGGCGUUAGCACACCCGUUGACUCACACCUGAGUUAUAAAGUCCUAGAUUUCUCGACAGCAAUUGAUCCAAAUAUCAAACAGAAAAACACUGAGGAGACAAGUACAAAGUCUUCGCAAAACAUUGUUGAUUUCUCAAAGCGCAAAUUAAAAAGAUUGAACGGGAAGCUGAGGGAAGCUGAUGCAUGUAUUGACCCAAAUGAAAACACUAGUGUGGUGGACCUUACUAAAGACAUAGAAGAGGACAUUGUUGAAUUACCAUAUGUAAAGCAUCCUAAUGGUGAAGGUCUUCAGAGGUCAGGCAAAAUACUAGUGGGAAAAACAUCAUCUCUGACACAUUUACAAAGAAUUUCUAUUAGCACUGAGGCAACUGAGGUUACAUCAUCUCAUACUGUUGCAAAAAACAUCACACUUAAACCUUCUGUCACAUCUUGCGCUAAAAUGACAAGUCAACAUGAGAGUAAUGUGUCAUCAUCAAGUAGAAGAACUAAUACCCAAAUAUCCAGUAACAGUAUGAAUCAAUCAGUCAAUCCGAGGUUCAAACAAACAGAAGAUAGGUUACCGGAUCCCACAAAGAAUUUCCAGACUGUCAUUCAGCCAAGUCAAAAAUUGACUUUCAAGACGCCAGAACAACAAAUACCAGCGGUUUUGUCUGGCAAAACGGUUGAGGUUGUCAAUAAAAAUUAUACAUUGAAUCAACCCUUGGGACAGAGGGAAGUGCAGCACCAGGACGUGACUUUACCAGCAAACUCUGUUCGGCCUAUUUUAGAUAUGUCUUUGAAACCAGUGAUGGCACCACUGAAGACUCCUGAGCCAUCCGUUGACAAAGUACUCUCAUUAGUCCCACAAUCGUCUCUGGAGCAGAGUAGUUGGCAUUUCAAUCAAGAAUCCACCAACCUAUUGCAUGAAGGAGCAACAGCUCUGUGUAGGCAAAGAAGCCAAAAUGUGACUUUGUCAAAGACUGAAGUAAAUCAUUUUAGAAGUGUAGAUGGAUCUCUUCAGAAACAUGCUUUUUAUCAAGAUAAUUCAGUUCGCAGUAGUGGGAAGGAAUUGCCACCAAAACCAGGCCCUGUUUUGGAGAUGUCCCUGGAAUCUCGAGGAAGCUGUUCCACAUCCCAUGAAAACAUGUCACUGACCUCAACGGCUAUGGCCUCGCUAGAUAUGACAUCAAGGACAUUAACUAAAUCAGAAAAUACAUAUGUAGUUGAGAGAGUCCACUGCACUCAUGCAGAGGUCGCAUGCUUUAAACGGGCAAAGACAGGUAUCAUGAUAUCAUCUGGUGACAUUGGCACAAACGCUCAUCAUCAGAGUUGGCAGAACAUGUAUCCCUACUCAGAGGCCUCCGUCGUUGUACAGAGGUAUCAUCCAUCCACCCAUGUAAAUUCCACUGCAGCAGACGCAUUGGAUAUGUCUCCAAAGCCAGCCACUGUAGAAACAGUGAUGCAAGGAUCUGAUUUCAGGUUGAAUGAGGUCAUUUCACUCACAAAUAAACCAAGUGCACGUGCAUUAGCCAGAAAAGACUCUGUUGGUUUGCCCCUCUUUGUUGAUCUACCUUCAACUGAAUUGAAAGAACAAAAGCAGCUGCAAAGAAAUAUAUCAGCUAGUAAUCAAACGCCUCUCACUGAUGUGCAACAGGAAUAUAUGUUUGAAAGUCAGACUAAUGCCGUGUUGCAAGCCUUUAUACAGCCAAAUACAUACUCCACAGCCCCAGCAAAUUCUCUUCAAACCACACUGGAUAUGUCCUCGAAGAAAAGUCCAGCAGAGGAAGUUUCAGUCCAUUCAGAUCCUUUGUCUUUGGUGAGCAGCAGACGAUCGAGUUUUGGACAGAGUCAAAAUGAAUCUGUUGGCGUUGCACUCAUCGUUGAGCCAACCUUCUCCCAGGAAAAUAAAAGGCUUGGACCAUUGGAAGAAAAGUGCAAGGGAGCAGCUGGUCAGACCAUUGAUGUUGAUAAACAUUCAGCCCCCACAAGCCUAAUCAGGGGCUCAAUUGACAUGUCCUACAAGCAAUCACUUUCAAAUUCUGCCAUUCCUCCCCCAGAUGUCCUGACAACUACAGUCGUACCGUUAGUUAAAAGCAAGCCAACUGUGCCUUUUGAUGCUUCUGCCGGUGUGCCACUGGUUGUACAGCCUGCACACCAACAGCAAAAGGUUUCCUGGCAUAGAGUUCAAAUGUCCUCCAACAAGAAUAAGAUGCCUAUUCCAAAAGUCAGGCAUGAACACACAAACAGACCAUUGGACUUCUCUUCGCACAGCCUCGACAAAGAAAUAAAAACUAACACCAAUUACAAGGAAUUUGAGAGUGGACAGCCAGUGAACUUCACUAAUAAGAAUCAGGAAAUGAAUAGAGGAACGAUAGAAAGAAAAUUGCAAAGGAGGACAUUGUCUGGCACGGUUGACCUCAGUGUUGACAAUGAUAGUGAUGCGACUGCUGAACAACACAACGCGAGAAAUCUUGCACUUGCUCAGGAAAGACGUUUCAGUCGUCAGCGACAUACUUUUGUACCUGUCGCUAAAGAAGUCUGCGAUUCAAUUUCUUCACAGUACAGUGGAAAGCAAGUGGAGGAUCCGAGAAUUUCAGCAGGAACAUAUUCCAAGGAAGAGAUACCGGGUAGUUUGUAUUCCGUGCUGAUUCCCAGGGGUACCUCUGUCCAAAAUCUUGCUUUCAAAGAGCCCCAAGACAGUGGCUCCCGUUGUUCCUUUUCAAACAGAGAAAGCUGUUUAAAUGUUGAAUCCCAACAAUGUUAUCAAAGGCAAAUGGGCCCCAAGCCACAAUUUCAACACGCAAUCCUACAACAACCACAGAGACACGUGAAUGAGUCCCAGAAGCGGGAUCAAAAUUACCAUCGCGAGACAGGUUCCAGACCAAAAAUCCUCAUUAAACAGCCAACAGUAGAAAGCCACGGCAGUCUCGAGGAAUAUCCUUCCGGGCGUGGGCAGAUGUGUACUGCACCAACAUGUCAUAUGUCUAAUGAAGCCCAAAAUCUUUCAACUUCCCAAUCAGUUACGGUCUCACCACAUCCGAGUACUGCUAAAGAUAGCACAGGAGCUGGAGUACCUCAGCUUGUCAAACAACCGGCCCAUGUACACGCUCCUCCGCCAUCAAGCACCGUGACCGUUCAACGUGUUCCAGAGGUCACAGAAGUUGUGAAGAAGCACAGCCCCCUGCCUGAAUGUGAGGUCAAAAAAGGUGAUCUGUCAUUAGAGGAUGCCCAAGGCAAGGAUGUCAGUACCGUAGGACGAGGUCCCUCCUCUGUAAAGGGUUUAGUUACCAUGUUUGAUUCUUCAAAUUCACGGUCAUCUGUUAACAGAACUACUCAAGACAAGCUUCCCCACUGUCCGCCAAUUCCUAAACCUCUUGCCAAUGUUCCUCUUAGUAACGUAGCGGCUAAACCUCCCUCACAUCACAAAGUUGGUGAAAUAGGUAUUCAGUCAACUGCUUAUGUUGUCACACCUCAGACGCCACGUCCAUCCUACACAAAAACUACUGACCGUGAACAUGUGCCUCCAGAAUUGUCUCAUGAGUCACAUGUGUUCAGAAAGAAAAUGUCAGCAACAUCGACAUUUGAAAAUGAGUGUUCAUCUCAGCAACAGGUGCCGUCAGAAAGUGUAAUAAAUGAGAAUGAAAAGGUGACUUCAGCAGGCGCUAUAAGCUUGAAAACAUCCUCUCAGAUUGUCUCUGUAGAUUUACAAUUAAUGGGCCUCAGUAAUCAAGAAAGUAUUGAAGACCCUGGGGCACUACAGCAUUCAAAACCAGAAAUAGGAAAUGCAGAACAAACAACAUCCUCGGAUUGUGCUGUUGUUCCAGCACACAUAGCCAAGGAUGCUCAUACGACGCAAGAGAAAAUUAGCCAACCGAAAACAAAAACAAUAUAUAUUGGUAUUAAUAGCCCAGAAGUCCCUGAUGUUGGGCUGGAGAACGAUUUAGGGGAGCUACGACGUUAUGUCAGACUUCCUCAUAUUUUCAUCUCUGCUGCUAGUUCACCAGAGGAGGAAAUGGUGGAGGACAACUAUUCUGAACCUAGCGAACCUGACCUGAGAGAAGCCAGGGUCCAGGAAGAUUCCACACCAGCAGACAGAAAUGAAAAUAGUAAACCUCAGCGGACUCAAGAACACUUUCAGAAGGAUAUAACAGACUUCGAGGGAUUACAGCCAGAAGAAUUGCCUGUCGAUCAUGAUGUUCAAUCAGAUGAAUCUGGGGAGACCAGCCCAGGUAUCAGUGAUUUAGCUGCUGAUGUGGUUAUUGAAGAGCAGGUCUCGAAGCAUGAGACUAAAGAAGUCUCUUCAGUAAACAAGUCAGACUCAGAAGAUGUUAAAGGUAAUGUCAUCGUUCCAUCUGUUAAAAUUGUUGAGGAAUCUUCUGAAGAGAAACCAUUCAUGGCUGUUGAACCAACAUCUGAAAAAGUUAAGCCGGAUCUGGAUCUGCCCGACAAGGUUGGAAAGACUGCUACGGUGAUAGAGCCGGAAGAGAGCAUCAAAACUGUUAGUGAGGUUUUCCCAACCAAUGCUGGCGGAACUAGUGAAGAUGCGUCUGUUGUUGCUGGUCAAAAGAACCUAAUUGAAGACUCUGAUUUACAACCUCUUGAAACUGCCUUUCUGUCCGAAGAGAAAAUAGAUGUUACUUCUCCUGUCCCUAAAACAGACACUGUGAUACCUGAUGAAAAAACAUCCUCUAAGGAAAGUACUUCAAUGGUGAAUGAUCAACUUCAGGAUAAAGGACCAAAUGAGCAGCAGAGUAAAGGCCUUUUCUCCAUGUUUGGCAGCUCCGCCACAACCUCUGAGCAAAAGGAUGAGCAGUUAGGUGUGUCAUUACUCAGUGGCAUUCUUCCUGGCUCUUCCACAAAAGACUCCCCCACAACUGGUUUACUAUCAAUGUUUGGUGGUUCAACGGUAUCAACAGUCAGCAGCACCAAAGAACCCCAACCUCAACAACCGAACGCCCCUGAGGCCCAAGGAAAAGGCCUAUUCUCUAUGUUUGGUGGAUCUAAUAGCCAACCAGUACCUGGGACUAGAGGUCCAACUUCUGGAAGUUUACCCCCCAGGGGACCACCACCCAAAGAAGCUCCAGGGAAAGGCCUCUUUUCCAUGUUUGGUUCAACUCAGCAACAGCCAAGCCCAAGAGGUCCUCCAGCAGCUACAGGAUCUUUAUUUGGAGGAAUCCUUCCAGGAUCUGCGGGGCAUAAAGAAAAUGUAAGCACAGGCCUGUUCUCCAAGUUUGGUAGCUCGAGUCCACCUGGGCCAACAACCAGCCCGGCACCAGGAACAAAACCCACGGAGCCCUCAGGAAAAGGUCUCUUCUCAAUGUUUGGUGGACAAAGUCAGCAAACACCCACCACCCCUUCACCAAUUUCAAAGCCACCUGAAUCCGAAAGCGGGUUCAAGGUGCCCUCAAUGUUUUCACUGGGGAGUUCUGAGGGAAAAAAAUCUAAUACUGGGUUUGGUCUGUUUGGAGUGUCUUUGAUGGAGGAACGUAAAGAUCAACCAACAACAAAUGAUGCAAUCAAAGACAAUGCAGUGGUGGAGAAGCCCAAAGACGCAGACAGUGUUCCACAAAUAGAGAGGUCUGUUGUCCUGAAUGAACAUCUCCCAAAACCCAAUGAGCCCCAAGAAAACCAAAAAUGCAGUGUUACUGAUGAUGCAAGGAUUUCAGAAAAUGCUGCCCUUAAAACAGACCCACUGACAGAGGAGGACAACGCAGUCAUAAGUGCUGAAAAAGCUAAUAUUGCUGUUCAGGAGCCGCCAAAAGAUGUCACCUGUCCAGGCGAAUCUCUUACACAUGUGAAAAAUAUUGAGGAUGUAAACUUUGAAACAAAUGACUUAAAAGUUGCAGGUUUUCUAAUUGAUAGAGAGAAAGUGGGUGAAGUAAAAAAUGACACUCUCCAAGACGGAUCUGAUGACUUGUGCAAAGAAAGUGUUGCAAUAUCGAAUACAGUCAAUGAUACAAAUUUGCUAGAAUGUAAUUUCAGCCAAGGAAUUGCAAAAAGUGACAUAGAAGGGGAGGAGGAUGUGAAGCCUGGCAUAAAGGGAGAAACAAAAGCGGUGGCGGCAGAGCUCCCCUCUAGUAGCCCUGAAGAUGAGCAAAACGUUGUCACAGAACAACCAAGUGAGGUGUCUCCAGAGACUGUGGCAGAAGAACACCACGUUGUUGCAGGACAAGUGGCCAAUACAACUGUGAACAAGGAACAGCUGCCUCACGCCGAUGAUGUAAAAUCUGCUGAACAAUUACAUGUAUUAUCCCCAGAACUUGGAACGAGUGAAAAAUUGGUUGGAGCAGAAGACGGGGAUCGUAAAGCGGUGGACGAAGAACAGCUCAUCCAUGCGGAUUAUAUCAAAUCUACUGAGCAGUCGAGUGAAAUGUCUCUUAAACCUGAUGAAGAACAAAAUGUCAAAUUGAAAGAAAUGGAUGAAAAAUAUUUGGAUAAUGAUCAGCAAACUAUGGGAGAUGAAGUAAAAAACAAUUCUGAUGCAACAACUGUCAUGGCAGAGAUUGUGGAUGAAGAGAAGCCAACACUGGAACAUGUUGAGAAGACGUCAAAAGUGAGCAGUCUAGUUGAGGAGAGCUCAGCAACCCUAUCUGCUGAACUCAUAGAGAAACCUGUGACAGAUAGAAGUGCCGAAACUGGAAAUUCUUACGUUUUUGACGCUAUGACUGAUGUGGAUAAAAGUAAGAGCUCAUCAGAAAUUGAGAAAUCUCAAGAAGAGGGACCAAAGGAUAUCAUGCCAUGUCCGCCAAUGACUCCUCCACAGCUUCAGACUCCGAGGCCACCCUCAGUAAGACCUUCUGGUCCACCUGGUCACAGAAUGGCGGGACCCAGGUGUGGCGGUCCUCGGGCUGGUGGACCAAGAAUGGCGGGACCAAGAAUGAUGGCACCACAGCAACGUGGCCCCCAAAAGCCUCCUGAACCAGCUCCGUUUUCAGGUUUCAUGUCCAUGUUUUCCAGCACUAGUGCCCCAAAUAAACCACCUUCAGUCGGUGGGUUCUUUUCAGGUCCAACUGUCUCACUAUUUGGGUCAUCACCUUCCCCUCGACAACCACAACAUAGACCUCAGCAACCUCAGCAGCCGCAACAGAAAACAUCAUUUUUUGGCCUUCCAACUAGCAUUGCUAAAGAGUCUAUCACAGGAGAUAUACUUAGUAUAUUUAAAGGUCCAGAAACAACAAAAUCUGAGGACCCCCAGCAGGCUAGUGUAACCUGUGAGCAAGAAGAUGCAUCUGCUAAGGAGCCAGUCUCUUCUGCCACUGGAAAAAGCGAAACAGAAAAAGCAAUAGACGAACAACCCUCAAGCACAGCAGAGUCUGAUGUCCCUGAGAAAGGUUUAGAAGAAGAGGCAGAAAACGAAGAUAAGAGGAAAGAGAGUGGAGAAAAUGAUCACACUGAUCCAAACAAUGAAACAGUUUUCGAAGAUGGGAAACUAGUACACAAUGGGCAUUCUGUGCACCAAGAGUUGGUACUGAAAGAAGAACCAGAACUACUCCCACCUCCCAAAAGUGAAGUUACUGCGACAAUGCCAAGUAUUUCCGCUCCUAAAUUUGGCUUUUUAGCUGAAGCUAAUGAAGCCACAUCUGCAAUUGGAUCGUUAUUUUCCUCCACUCAUUCUCCAGCCACCGGUGACAAGGCUCCUCAAGCACAACAGACAGAAAACAGUUUAUUCUCUGGGUUUAAAAAUCUUUCUGCUGGUAUCUUUCAAGAUGAUAAAAAUGUGGGGAAAGACGAUGCCUUGUCUUCUGCAUCUGUUUUUGGCAUGAAACUUGGGUCAAUGUUUGGAACCUCUGAUACUUCCCAACCAAAACCUCCGACUGUGGUGGUCACAGAACAACCGCAGAUUCAACUUCCAAAACCUGGAGAUGAAACUGGUGGAGACGACUUGGAAAAAGUGUCUGUUGGUUCCGGUGAAACUGAAAGUGCCAGUGACACAGAACCAACUGAAACUGGCAGCUGUGACUCCCCGCCACAUUCCCCACAUUCUCGACUACCUUCUCUGUCAGAGUCUUUAGAUAAGCCCGAUUUGAAAAUCACCCCUUGUGAGGCCAUUGAGUCUGAUGUGGCCACUUCGGCGUCCAGAGAUGCUCACACCCCCGUCACCCUGUCAAAAGACCUGUUGACAAUGGAGCAUGCAAUAAGCCCAGCGGACAGCAGUCGCUUUGACUCAUCAGGGAACCUCAGCCAGGUUAGUUCCCAACUGAGCUCGGAGCUUGAAGACCACCGGGAUCCUGAGAUAGGCCCGGCUGGUGCACGCCGCCCCACACUCCACAGCCAACAGUCUACCUGGGAAGAGGAGCCGCAGGAAGAAGAGCUGGACGAGGUUGAGAAGGAAGUGGAUGCUUGGCCAGACUCAGGUUCCAACAAAGAUGCAAAAGAGUCUUCUUCCUUCUUGCCAAAACCAUUCCUGGACAACCAUGACAAUAGAAGUUCAGUAUGUUUGUUUGAAGAUGGGCCUCCACCUUGCUCUCCUUCCAAGGUCCGCUGGCUGAAGGCAUACAACAAAGUUCGGUUGCGUCUGCUCGAGAGCCAAGAUCACCAUGGUGACCCCAGCAAGCAGCCAUGGGCAAGGCCAGGGGGAACUGCUCCUUUUGGCAUUGACAGCAUGCCCGACCUGCGCAAGAGGAGACCCAUACCCCUUGUUAGUGAACUGGUGAGUUCAUCAAUAUGCUCACAAUGAUUUCUUUUUAAUGUUUCCACGUUCAACAAUAUCUUCUGAAUGUUCUCAC